AUGCUUUACUACACUCAUUAUGGAUUUUCCGAAAUAUUGUUGUGGUAGGACGUUAGGUUGGCAAUUAAAGUCCAGUCAAAGGUGGCGUAUUGUGUCACACUCAGCUGAUAUACCAAGGAUGUAGUAAUGAUAGUAAAAGAAAACAAAUCUAUCUGUGUUUAGGGUUAAAGGUUGUGUCGAGAGAGUAGUUCUGAGUGUGUUGACGAUGUGUAUAAUAAGAGUUACUACCGCGCAAACAGAUUAAAACAUAUGAAAAUGGUUGAACCAAUUUUCGACUACCAGUUUCGUUUGAUAUUAAUCGGCGACAGUACAGUUGGUAAAAGUUCAUUGUUGAAGUAUUUUACGGACGGAAAAUUCGCUGAGCUUUCAGAUCCGACUGUGGGUGUUGACUUUUUUGCUCGUCUCAUAGAAGUGAAAGAUGGCACCAGAAUAAAACUUCAACUCUGGGACACAGCUGGACAGGAGAGAUUCAGGUCCAUAACCAAAUCGUAUUACAGAAAUUCUGUCGGUGCUCUGCUUGUAUACGACAUCUGUAACAGAGCAAGUUUUGAACAUAUUCCUCUAUGGAUGAUGGAAGCCCGUAGGCAUAUAGAACCUCAUCGCCCUGUAUUUGCCCUGGUUGGCUGCAAGCUGGAUUUAGUGUUGACUGGUGGAAGACGUGAGGUAUCGCGUGAAGAAGCACAUGCUUUUGCUGAGCAGCACGGCUUACAUCAUGUUGAAACUUCUGCGCGAACUGGUGUAAAUGUAGAAGAGGCAUUUCAUGCAGUAACCCAGGAAGUUUAUAACAGGAUACAAACUGGUGAAUACAAAGUGGAGGAUGGUUGGGAUGGUAUUAAAACAGGAUUUCAGCGCCCAAGUGGGUAUGACUUCAAUUUAGUUGAAGCAGAACCUGCCAAAUCAACUUGUUGCUGAGAUGAUGUACUGAUAUAAACUAUUGUACAUAUUCUGUGUGAACUGUUAUGGAAUGUUGUUUCUCUGUGCAUUUUUGAAUCCUGACAUAGUAUGUUGUAUACUUGCAGUAUUUCAUAAUUUACGACUUACCUUUGUACAGGCAGAACUGUGAUGACUACCAGUAUACUUCUCAGAAAAAAAUACUCAUAAGGAAAGGCCUAUAUUACAUAUUUGGUACAUAUGGUAAUGAUUAUGUGCCAAGAAGUUUAAGCAGUAAACCAUGUUCGAUCUUUAUUGAGGUAUCGUGUAUUUAUCGAACUUCAAUCAGAAACAAUGGCAAUGGACAGUGUCCUAACAUCUUUUAGACCAUUGUGAUAUUGGUAAAACUGGAACUGACAGAAAAAAUUGGUGCUUUCGAAAUAAGUUUUACUAUAAGGAGUGUGUGUGUCAUAGGCUGAUAGUAAUAUUCACAUUACGUGUUUUUCAGAGAGAACACACAACUUGUCCGUUAAGUUGUUGAUGAAAAGCACACGCUGAAAUUACAUGAAAAAUUUGUAAUACUAUGACUAAAUUGCUUCCUAUCAUCCUGAAAGUAAUUUGAUAGGCAACAGGCAAGUGUAGCAACAUUAAUGGAAAACACAGCCUUGUGGACUUAAAGGCUACUCUACUAUUGAUUGUCUUGUGCUGUCAUUUUCUAUUUUGGUACUGCUUUUCCCACUGGUUAAUAUACCAAAAUUUUUCCUUUAGUAAAUAUGUGUCAGUGUAGAGAAAUUGUAACCCAUUCUGUUCCUUUGCGUAACAUUACUGCUGUGGAAGAAUUUCCACAUUAACAGUCUUCGUUUUGUGCACAGUUGUUUCCUUCCUUAGGUCAAGAACAAAAGUUUGUCAUUGAUUGAAGACAAUUAAAGUAAUUAUGAUUAAAUUUUUGUGUGUAGAAUUUAAUGUAUAAAUAUGAGAGAUGUUUGAGAAUUUUCCAGCAAUGGCAAAGAAGAAUUGGAAGAUUUCUCAGAACUAUCAGCUUCUGGCGCCUUAAUUCAGCUAGACAUAGCACGUUGCAAGUUAUUUGUUUGAGCUUUAGUUCCAAACAUUUUAUAGAAUUUGAGAAUAUGAAAAUGAUGUGCAUUGUGAAAUAUAUCAAUAUGAUACGGAACAAAGAAAUGGAUUACAUACUAAAUGCAAUGGUUAUUUGAAGUAUGAGUUGAAUCUUGACUAUUACAGACUUCUCUCAUUUCAUAUGUGGUAUCUUAGUUAACAUAGCAUUCUGUGUAAAACUGAUGCAUCAUAAAUAAGCAAUAAAUUGUGUUUAUUUAUGUGUUUA